AUGCAAGACAUCACAGGGGUGACACUACCAUUCGGUGGAAAAAUAAUGGUUAUGGAAGGUGAUUUUAGACAGGUCUUACCGGUCGUGAGACGUGGAACCCGAGCACAGAUUGUAGAUUCAAGCCUACGAAUGUCACCUCUUUGGUCUUCAAUUAAAAAAAUACGUUUAACUCUCAAUAUGAGAGUACAAAGUGAUCCAUGGUUUUCAAAUUUUCUAUUACGAGUGGGUGAUGGAGAUGAAGAAAUGAUGGAAGAAAGCUUUAUACAUAUUCUCGAUGACAUGACCAUUGCCUAUACUGAUAAAGAUAAAUCAAAGCAUGAUUUGAUUGACGCAAUAUUUCCAUCUCUGCAAAUCAACGGAGCAGAUUCAAACUAUAUUAUUUCGAAGGCGAUAUUAUCAACAAAAAAUGAGAAUGUCGACGAGAUUAAUGAUCAGUUGAUUGAUAGAUUCUGCGGCGAUGAAAAAGUUUACUAUAGUUUCGAUGAAGCAGAAGAUGACAGAAAUAACUUCUAUCCAAUGGAGUUCUUAAACUCACUGACUGUCAGUGGUUUGCCUCCGCAUUACCUCCGGCUCAAAAUUGGAUGCCCAGUAAUACCAUUGCGGAAUAUCAAUCCCUCUAAUGGCUUAUGUAAUGGCACCAAAUUGAUAUGUAGAGGUUUUCAACAGAACGUAAUCGAUGCAGAAAUAGCUGUUGGUCAGCAUGCUGGAAAUAGAGUAUUUUUACCGAGAAUUUCUCUUUAUCCAUCUGAAGAUAACAUGUUCCCCUUCAAAUUGAAGAGAAAACAGUUUCCAGUCCGACUUAGCUUUUCUAUGACAGUCAAUAAAGCUCAAGGACAGACCAUUUCUAAUGUAGGUGUGUAUCUACCAGAAUCAGUAUUCUCUCACGGACAACUUUAUGUGGUGUUAUCAAGAGGGACAUCAUGUGAAAAUACAAAGGUAUUAGUAAAGCCUGCCAAAAAAUUCAAUUGGGACGGAGUCUACACAUCAAACGUGGUGUAUCAAGAAGUUUUACGCGAUUAA